AUGCUUGGGGAAGUGAAACUUGGAGGACCUUGCAAGGCUCCCGUGGAACUUAGCCUUCAAGGGACGGUGAAGGCCCCCGCUGAUCCCAAAGUUUUCAAGUCAGAUGGGUGGAUUACGAUCAACCACGUCAGCCAACUUGCUGUUUCCGGCGGCGGAACUUUCGACGGCCAAGGCAAGCUCUCCUGGAAUCUAGAUCAAUGUAAGAAGAAAUUUAACUGCUCAUUUCCUGCGGUGAGCCACCCACAUACUUGUCUUUAUGUCUUCCCUUCAUAA